GUACUCAAAAGUAGAUUUUCAGGUCAUAAACUCGGCAACAUAUCACCGACGUUUGGAAUGUUUUCAUCGAAAUUUGAAAUGCGCAAAAUCUGUACGAUCUUAAGCCAGACAAUCCCCAUUACAUAUUUUAUUACGUGGUAUUGGUAUGAGAUUCAGUUUGUGAAUGUAGUUGAACGUUAGGUGGUUAGUGAUUAAUUUUUUUUUGUCUGUUCAAAGUAAUCGAUUUAUGAAAAUAAAUAUGUUUACCAAAAACAUUACUAAUAUGUGGGUGUUAGUUUUGUUUACAGUAUUAGUAGGCUUAGCAAUGGCCCAAAACGAUCCAUACCAAAAACUAAGCGAUCACUGGUUCAACAAAUGCUUUAAUCAAACUCACGAUAUCAAUAAUUUUGAUAAAUUGUAUGCAGACGGUGUGGAAUUUAAAAGGUAUCUAAAAUAUGCUUUCAAAUUCAUCCCCGAAGGAGAGAAAGUAUUUUGUGAUAGAGAACGUUUUAUCCUAGAAAACAGAAUGAAAGAAUUCGCGAAGGAUUUGAAGCCUUGUUUAGCACAACAAGAAAAAUUUUUGGAAGAUUUCCUCAAUCGGAGUUUCAAAGAACUCCUUCAUUUCUUAUGUCAUAAUGAUGGAGAACAUAUUAAAACUUUCUACAGUUCAAAAGCAGCUGAAUGCCGUACCAAAUUAUCCAAUACUAAUUACCCCAAUUUAGAUAACUGUUUUGCAAAAAUUAUCAACCCCACAUCAAGGGUUCUAAUGAAAAAAGACAUUUGCAGUGAUCUUGGAAUAGUAAAGAAAUGCUUCGCAGAGGCGUUGGAAUUCCAGUGUCCUUCUUUUGGAUCCUACAAGAAACUUAAUGAAGAUUUUUUCAGUUACGUUAGCAAACCAUGUUCGGGCUGUGUAUUCAAUAUCAACUCUUUGUUAUUUGCGGCAUCUUUACUAAUCUCGUUAAUGUUCAGUAGAAAAUAAUAUUGUUUCUAUUGAAAACGAAAAUAAUUUCUCGGAAUACUUGCAGUUGCUGCAACUAAAUGUUUAUAUAUUAUAAGUAUUUCCGUUAUCUUACCUCACACUACUGAAAACAACGACUAGUUUGGUGGUAAAUUUGAGAAUCUGUAACCCCAAUAACAAAUAAUUACAAAAUUCCCACCCGUUUCCAAUUGAUUGCUUUUUAAACAAAACAUUUUUUUGUUGUUUAACUUUUUUAUUUUUUAAAUGAAAUAUGUUUUAAACUCAGUUUAUGAUCUCUUUUGGUACAACAAUUAUAAUUGUAGCCAGUCUUGUAUUGUUGAAACAAAUUAUUUUACAAUUUUAUUAAUUACUCAAUUGUUUUGUAUAAAACAACGAUAGGUGGAUUAUUUACAUGGGCGUUAAUAUUCUCAAAUAUCAAUUUACAUGGAAAUGUUUUUAAAUUUUUUUGUAUAUAUUAAUCAUUAUCAAAUCCAUAGGGUUUUUAAAUAUUUCCAAAUAAUAAUAAACACAAAUUUUGAUAUAGUGAUAACUAUAAUAUUUUAUUUUUUUAUAUCACAUUAUUUUCACUGUCUUAAGUUGAACUAGGUUCCUCUUUAUGUGAAUCAACUUUUUUUAGUAUUUUGGUGCAAAUUUAGGUAUUAACAUGUUUUACUCAAUAUUAAAAAAUCAAUGUUAUGAGAAGUGGUGUAAUUAGACCUACAUAAAAUAUUUUAUGCUAAAAAUAAUUGUUACAUUUUCCUAAGAAAUAUAUAAGUAGACAGACA